AUGGCGGCCCACGCGGACACAGGCUGCCUCUAUAGCCUCUCCCAUCACCCCCGGUGGCAUGGGCCCCCCCAGAGAGCCCGGCAACGGAGGCCAGACAAAGGGAUGGACACGCCAGGCGGCGUAGAGGCCGCUCCGACCCCGGCGCUGCGCCCCCUCAGCUGGACGGCUGGCUGGCUGUGGCUCGGCCUGCUGGUGGCAGCCUACCUGCCCUGCGAGGCCUGGGCCGCUACUUUCAAGGUGGCCAUUGUGGGGCCUUGGACGUGCGACCCGCUCUUCUCCAAGGCCCUCCCCGACCUGGCAGCGCGGCUGGCCACCAGCCGCAUCAACAAGGACCCCUACCUCAGCAAGGGCUACUGGUAUGACUACUCGCUGGUCAACGAGGACUGCCAGACGUCCCGGGCGCUGGCCCGCUUCGCCGAGCUGGAGGGCUAUGGCUCGGCCUACCUGGGGCCCGCCAACCCGGGCUACUGCUCAGCGGCCGCCCUGUUCGCCAAGAACUGGAACAAGCCAGUGCUGUCGUGGGCCUGCCUGGAACCGCGCAUGGGCGAGGACAGCACCUACCCGACGUUCGGGCGGCCGCUGCCGCUGUCCUCGCGUGUGCUCUUUGCCGUGCUCCGCUUUUUCCGCUGGGCGCACGUGGCCAUCGUCACCUCCGAGGGCGACGUGUGGGAGGCCACGGGCCAGGAGCUGGCCUCGUCGCUGCGCGCCCUCGGCCUGCCCGUCCGCACCGUCGUCACCAUGGAGACGGACAGCGACGGGCCCCGCAACGCCCUGCAGGCCGUUCGGGACACGGACAGGGUUCGAGUGGUCAUCAUGUGCAUGCACUCUGUGCUGAUUGGUGGAGAGGCCCAGCGACAGCUCCUGACCACAGCCAUGGACAUGCGCAUGGUGGACCGUGGCUACGUCUUCAUCCCCUACGACACCCUCCUGUACUCCCUGCCCUACAACAACAUCAACUACCCCAUCCUGGCCAACGACACCAAGCUGCGGAGGGCCUACGAUGCCGUGCUGACCGUCACCGUAGACUCCGGCGAGCGCAACUUCUACGAGGCCUUCAAAGACGCCCAGGACAGCUAUGAGAUCCGCUCCAGCUCUCAGCCCGAGCAGGUGUCGCCGCUCUUCGGCACCAUCUACAACAGCCUGUACUACAUCGCCAUGGCGGUGGAGCAGGUCCGGCUGGCGCAUGGCCGCUGGGUCACUGGCGACCUGCUGGUGCAGGGCGAGGGCGGCUUCGAGUUUGCUGGCUUCAACCAGCCCCUGUCCGCCGGGAAGAACGGCGAGGGCAUGCAGGUCGCAUACGUGGUGCUGGACACGGACGGGCGGGGCUCCACGCUGCGCGCCACACACCGGCUGGAGGCCCCCCACACCUACGGCGAGUUUGGCGGCCUCAAGUACCUGGGCCGCUCCAUCCACUUCCCUGGGGGGUCCCCCACCUCCGAGUCCAACUGCUGGUUCAGCCCCUACAUCGCCUGCAGUGGGGGCAUGGAUGGGGUCUCUCUCUUCCUCAUGUUUAUGUUGGUGUGUCUCCUGGCUGCGGGGGGUGCUGUCCUGGCCAUCGUGUUCAGGGGCAAGCUUUCACGGGUGGCGCCAUUUUUCGGAGGAGGAGGAGGAUCCUCCAAAAUUUUGCUGACUCUGGAUGACCUGGUCUUCAUUAACACUCAAGUCAGCAGGAGGAAACUGAAUGAGGAGAGCAUGAUGAAGAGCACGCUGGAUGUGAAGACUCCCUACAAAUCCGUGUCAGGCCGCAGCUACAUCCACUCCUCCCCAGAGAGCUCCAACAUCGCCCUCUAUGAGGGUGACUGGGUCUGGCUGAAGAAAUGCCCACAUGGAGACAAGGUGUCAGAGGUGAAUGAGAGCACCAAGGCCAUCUUUAACAAGCUGCGGGACAUGCGCCAUGAGAACCUGAACCUGUACCUGGGCCUGUUCCUGGACUCGGGCAUCUUUGCCAUAGUGACGGAGCACUGCACCCGCGGCAGCCUGGAGGACCUCAUUAACAACAGCGAGAUGCGCCUCGACUGGAUGUUCAAGUCCUCCCUUCUGAUGGACCUCAUCCGGGGAAUGAAGUACCUCCACCACCAUGACAUCGUCCACGCCCGCCUGAAGUCGCGAAACUGUGUGGUGGAUGGGCGCUUUGUGCUGAAGGUGACGGAAUACGGCUACAACGGGAUCCUGGAUUCCCAGAACAUGACUAUAGAGGAGAACAAACCAGAAGACCUGCUGUGGACAGCGCCGGAGCUCCUGCGGGACCCGAAAAAGGAGCGAAAGGGCACCUUCCAGGGGGACGUGUACAGUUUUGCCAUCAUCAUGCAGGAGAUCAUAUCCCGCAAUGCCCCCUUCUGCAUGCUGGACAUGCCAGCACAGGAAAUCAUCGAAAAGGUGCGGUCACCGCCUCCGCUGUGUCGGCCCUCGGUCUCCGUGGACGAGGCACCGCUCGAGUGCAUCCAGAUCAUGAAGCAGUGCUGGAGUGAGGAGCCUGACCGGAGGCCCACCUUCGAGGAGAUAUUCAGCCAGUUCAAAAACGUGAACAAAGGCAAGAAGACCAACAUCAUCGACUCCAUGCUGCGCAUGCUGGAGCAGUACUCCAGUAACCUGGAGGACCUGAUCCGAGAGAGGACCGAGGAGCUGGAGGUGGAGAGGCAGAAGACAGACAAGCUGCUGGCCCAGAUGCUGCCCAGGACAGUGGCUCAGGCCCUGAAGACGGGGAAGCCCGUGCAGCCAGAGCACUUCCCCGAUGCCACGCUCUAUUUCAGCGACAUCGUGGGCUUCACCACCAUCUCUGCCCUCAGCGAGCCCAUCGAGGUGGUGGACCUGCUGAACGACCUCUACACUCUCUUCGAUGCCAUCAUUGGAGAGCACGAUGUAUACAAGGUCGAGACCAUUGGAGACGCCUACAUGGUGGCCUCGGGCGUCCCCAACCGCAACGGUAACCGCCAUGCGGCUGAGGUGGCCAACAUGUCCCUGGACAUCCUGCACUGCAUCGGGGCCUUUAAGAUGAGACACAUGCCCGACGUCAAAGUCAAAAUCCGCAUCGGCCUGCACUCUGGUACCGUUGUGGCAGGAGUCGUCGGCCUGACGAUGCCUCGGUACUGUCUCUUUGGAGACACCGUCAACACAGCCUCCCGAAUGGAGUCCACAGGGUUGCCUUACAGGAUCCAUGUCAACCAGAGCACCGUUGACAUCCUGCACAGUUUGAAUCUGGGCUACAAAGUCACUGUCAGAGGCAAGACAGAGUUGAAGGGGAAGGGUAUUGAAGACACAUACUGGCUGGUGGGGAGAGAUGGAUUUAAUAAACCCCUGCCCAUACCCCCUGACCUCACCCCUGGGGCCAGCAAUCACGGCAUCAGUCUAGACGAGAUUCCCCUCGACCGGCGACAGAGGUUCCUUGACCGGCAGAAGAGGAUGAAAUAG